AAGUGGUCUUAAGCUGUUCUUCCCGCUUUAUCGCCAUAUCUGCUGAUGACUAAAAGUUCAUUUGUCCUUAAAUAAACUCGGUGAAGAGCCUGUUGAGAGCAAAAAUUACACAAAUUUAUAACCCUCUUCACCCUGAAAUGUCUCACACCAUCUUGAGACUGAACUGCCUGUUGCAGUUAUUAGAACUUAGACUCUUUGCAUCUGCCCUAUCAAUCUUGUUUCUUUUUGUUUUAGUGAGAUUCUGGCUAAAACUGAAUGCCAGUGAUUUAAACCAGCAUCUGCAGUUCUUUCCUACACAUCCACUGGAAGCAUUCUCUUUGAACAAGUUCUCUCUCCGACUAUUUUACUACUGGAGGCACUCAGCAGGAAAACGUCGUCCAUUCCUUCUCUCCAGAGAUACUGCCUUCCUUGCUUUGAUAUGGGUUUGAUUUGGACACAUUGGGGCGUCACUUACUCGCGUCGGUUACAUUUGUAUCGGGCGCCGCGCAUGCGCCAGGCGUGUGACAUUGACACAGUCCCAUUCACAGAAAAAGUUGCAAGGUUCUAGAAUGCGCCGCGCACUGAGCUCACGGUGGCUGUUGGCGGGAGUCUCCUUGGCUGCAGGGGCCGGUUUGGGGGUGGGAUACGGAGCUCACCGGCACCAAGAUGCUUCCGAUUCCUUCCUCCAUUGCCCCGUGAUCCCUAUCCCGUCUGUAACCGCGGAUGCCGUUGCCAACGAAUCCUUGGUGCCAGUCAGUCCGGCACAGCUGACCCUCGGCAAGACGACCGGAAUCAUGAAAUUCGGUUUCCCUUCUCUGUCCCACAUCAAGACCCGCGAAUCAUACGUGUUGGCCUAUGACCCACGAACCAGGAACGCCCUGUGGGUGCUGGAGCGACUGGACGCGGGCAGACUGGGCCUGACUGGCUCCGACCGCAAUCGUUGUGUAUUUAGGGAGGAUGAGUCUGUGCAUGAAUACCACCGAGCACAGAACGGCGACUUCAAAGGUAGCGGUUUCGACCGGGGUCACUUGGCAGCAGCCGCUAACCAUAAGCACAGCCAGAAAUGCAUGGAUGAUACCUUCUACCUCAGCAACAUGGUGCCUCAGAAUCCUGAUUUAAAUAAGAAUGCCUGGAACAAUCUGGAGAGGUAUUGUCGGAGUCUGACCAAGUCCAAUAAAAAUGUGUACGUUUGCACGGGACCCCUUUAUUUGCCGAGGAAGGAAUCGGAUGGGAAGUUGUAUGUUAAGUAUCAAGUCAUCGGGAAGAAUAACGUUGCAGUUCCAACACACAUCUUUAAAGUGGUGAUACUGGAGAAAGACAGCGGGGAAAUCGAAUUGCAGUCGUAUGUGAUGCCAAAUCUGCCAGUUUUGGAUAACAUUCCCCUUGAACGUUUCCUGGUGCCAAUCGAGAGCAUUGAGCGGGCAUCUGGCCUUCUGUUUGUCAGCAACAUUCUGAAAAGAACCAAUAGCCUGAAAGCGAUAACUGGCAGUAGCAAAUAAAUGACAGGAUGGACAAUGACUGAGGUAGGAAAUUAUCAGGACAGGGGAUAAAGAUUUGUUCCUGAACAAAUUGUACCGCUUCAUUUUAUGGCUCGAAUAAGUAACGUUUAUCCUUAAUUUCCAAAUUACUUUAUGUAGCUAUACCUUGUAUAUUUUAUGUAGCUAUACCUUGUAUAUUUUAUGCACCAUUCUUAAUACUAUGUUAUUUGUUUAUUUGAGAUUAUUAUUACAUUCAAAACUGCAAAGAAAGCUCAAUUAAAUUAUUGGAAUAUUCUGUUUUUUUCUCAACCAAAAUAUUAUUCUAGGCAUUAUUGUGGCUAUCAGUGAUCAGAUGGGGGUGGUUCCUUUUCUUUAAUUAUCAUUGUGGCCAUUGGGGCCAGCAUUUAUUCACCAUUUAGACAUGUGAAAGAAUAAUAAUAAUAAUAAUAAUAAAUUUUAUUCAUGGGCACCUUUCAAGAGUCUCAAGGACACCUUACAAAAAUUUAGCAAGUAGAGGAAAAACAUGUAAGCGGAAUGAAAUAAAUAGUAGAGACAUGACUAGUACAUAAAUUCAAGCACAGAUAAAAAGGGAGGGGGACGUGGGGCUAAGGAUAGGCAGAAGUGAAGAGAUGGGUCUUGAGGUGAGACUGGAAGAUGGUGAGGGACACUGAAUUGAGGAUCAGUUGGGGGGGGAGUUCCAGAGCCUGGGAGCUGAAGAAGGCUCCAUCCCCAAAACAAAGAAUAACGGUGGGCCUAUUGUUUGUACCAUCACAACUCAUAUGGUGGAGGUGAUACCCGAUUUAGAGUCUGAUAUAUAUCUGAGGCUUCUUUAGCAAUCCUCCCUAAGCCUGUGAUCCUCGCCACUCAGUGGAAGGUAAAACAAAUGCUUGGCUUUAGAAUCCCAGUGUAUCUGGGAAUCUGAUGCUUCUUUGAUUACCUUUUAAAACACCAUGUCAUCAAAACUAGUUAUUUAUGUAGUGCAUUGAUGUUGCUUUGUUGGUCGACACAAAAUUCUAGGGCAACUCAGCGGGACAGGCAGCACCUCUGGAGAGAAGGAAUGGGUGACGUUUCGAGUCGAGAACCUUCCUCAGACUGAGAGUCUGGGGAGAGGGAGACACAGAGAUAAGGUAGUGCACGGUGUGAAAAUGAGACAUCAAAGGGGAUGUAGACUAAGGAAAAUGUAGAAUCGAUCAUUGUUAACUAGGAGAAAUGGUGACAACGAAGCAUACAGAGAUAACAUUUAAUCAGGGGGACAGUCAGACUGGUUGAAGAACCAGGAAGGGGGAGGGAUAGGAUGAGGAAAAGCAAGGGUUACUUGAAGUUAAAUAAGUUAAUAUUAAUACCGCUGGGGAGUAGGCUGCCCAAGUGAAAUAUGAGAUGCUGUUCUUCCAAUUUGCGCUGGGCCUAGUUGGUAUUCGGUUGUCUGGGCUUGAGAUAUUAGCAGUAAUUUCCAAUCAAUCCCUGUCAAAAGGUGGUUGAUGGGGUGAGGAGUGAGAGUGGCUGUGGUUUAUCCAAAUUAAUUGAUGUAAGUUUGAAAAAGGCAGUAUGCUGCAUGAGUACAUUAUUCUCUUUUCUCAAAUUAUUUUCCAAAUGAUUAAUUUACUUUUAAUUCCCCGACCAGACAGUACUCAGAUAACGUUGCGUGGAAAUGAACAGCUAAUAUCACAAUUUUGAGAAUAUACAUUUCAAAUUUGUAGUAGUGUCACUCAGAGUUUUACAUUUAAGGAAAGACUUCAAAUCAAAUCUCCCAUUGCGAUCUUGAGUGUUGAAAAAAAUCCCAUUAUUCUAUUUGAAAAAGAAUGAGAGUUCAUCUUGCAACACCCCUCCCCCCAUUUUGUAAAAUAAAACUACUUGAUUAACU